CUCAUACUACUUCCGCAAACUACAAGCCACUCAGAGAUCAAAAAUGUUAAAACGUACCAGUACAGACAUCACUACUGGUCAAAACCAUAGACAUACGUAGACUUUAGAAGGAUAAGGCUGUUUUGAUUUUUUUCCACAAUACCAUUUUUUUCCUCCACCCCACUUUGAGGAAGCCACGUGUAACGUUACAGAACAGCUGGAGGACUGAUACCUGACAUUUAUAGGUGCAAAUAGGCUAUCUGGUUGUUGGCUGACCAAAACUCGGUCAACCACGUAGCCUAUAACGUUCGCGUUGUAAACAACUCACCAACAACAGAAACACUUGCAACUAUGACUGGUGGGAAGAAGGCCCAGUGCGGCAUUUGGACAGGCUUCUGCACUCUACUUUCUGUGUUGCUCAUUCUUGAUGUCCAUGGUCGUCCUGCCAAUGUUUCUGUACUUAAAGAAAAAAUGGCUAACAGCAAAGAAGAAAAUGAGAUUCUUCCACCAGACCAUCUUAAUGGAGUGAAGAUGGAAAUGGAUGGACAUCUCAACAGAGAUUUCAAUAAAGAAGUGUUCCUUGGCAAAGAAAUUGAAGAGUUUGAGGAGGACUCUGAGCCCCGCAGGAACAGGGAAAAGCUGAUGGACAUUUUCCAAAAGGUGGAUUUGAACCAUGACAACAGUGUGAGUGCUAAGGAAAUGCAGCGGUGGAUCAUGGAGAAGACGGAGGAACAUUUCCAGGAGGCUGUUAGAGAAAACAAGCUCAGCUUUCGUGCUGUUGACCCUGAUGGAAAUGGGUAUGUGACGUGGGAUGAGUACCGUGUGAAGUUUUUGGCCAGCAAAGGCUUCAAUGAGAGAGAAGUGGCAGAGAAAGUAAAAAAUAAUGAAGAGCUCAAAGUGGAUGAGGAAACUCAGGAGGUUUUGGAGAGUUUGAAAGACCGCUGGUUCCAGGCAGAUAAUCCCCCAGCUGACCAACUGCUAAAUGAGGAAGAGUUUCUAUCGUUCUUGCACCCUGAGCACAGCCGUGGCAUGCUCAAGUACAUGGUGAAGGAGAUUGUUCGAGACCUAGAUCAGGAUGGUGACAAAAAGCUCACUCUGUCUGAAUUCAUAUCUCUGCCCAUGGGAACGGUGGAAAACCAGCAAGCUCAGGACAUUGAUGACGACUGGGUCCGUGAGAGGAGAAAAGAAUUUCAAGAUGUCAUUGAUGGCAAUCAAGAUGGGAUUGUGACUAUGGAAGAACUGGAGGAGUACAUGGAUCCCAUGAACGAGUACAAUGCUCUGAAUGAAGCCAAGCAGAUGAUUGCUGUAGCUGAUGAAAAUCAGAACCACAAUCUUGAGUUAGAGGAGAUCCUCAAGUACAGCGAGUACUUCACUGGAAGCAAGCUCAUGGACUAUGCCCGCAACGUUCAUGAGGAGUUCUAAUUUGUCAUGUUGUCUGCUCAUCUCUAUUUGCCUCUCUGUCUUGAUACAGCGGCCAAAUCCAGUGGCAUUCUGUUUAUAUGGGUGUGAUAAAAGUGAUCCAUGGAAUGAUUGAGUGUUUAUUUGCAUUUAUUAAUUUAGCAGACACUUGUAUCCAAAGCAACUUGCAGUACAGUACUGAUGUACGUUUCUAUUAGUUUGUGAGCGCCCUAGGUAGUGAACCCAUGACCUCAGAGUUGUGAGCAGCUUUUGCAAUAUUUGUGAUGUUGGUGUUGUUAAUUGUUGCAUUGUGCAAUUAUGUGUACACUACCAUGCAAAGGUUUGUAAUCACUUGAGGAACUUUUUUUUUCUCUCAAAUAACCCAACAUUUUACAGAAAUAUAGCGCUGAGUAAAUGGCUAUUACAGCUAGAGAUGGCUGAUUUUUAAUAUGUACAUGGGAGUAGAAAGCCCAUAUCCUGCCACCAUCACUGUGUGUAAAUGACAUUAUAUGAUAUUAUAAGCUCAGCCUAAAUCAUCAUGUUUCGAAGAAGCCUUUUAUGUGGUUGAAAUUAAUUGUGCUUAAGAAAGCAAUAAAACCUUCAGGCAAAUUGAG